UUGUCGGGUCUUAUUGGCCGCUGAUUAGACCUGCCGGGGUCCACUAGCCCUGGGCUGCAGGGAGGCUGCUGCGUCCAGUGAACACUUCAGCACCUGUAGCACAGAAGGGCCAAGGAGCUGCAGUCCUCGACCAGCAGGAGGUUUGCUCCUCAGCCCACUCGCUGCAUCCAGAUCAGCUCACCCCUCUCCCUUCCCUGCCCACCAGGACUCUGAUAGCCCCUGGCAGCCACAGCCCAUUUUGCCAAGAUGUCUAGGGUAGCCAAAUAUCGCCGGCAGGUGAGUGAAGACCCCGACAUAGACAGCCUGCUGGAGACCCUGUCUCCCGAGGAGAUGGAGGAGCUGGAGAAGGAGCUGGACGUGGUGGACCCAGACGGGAGUGUUCCCGUGGGGCUGCGGCAGAGAAACCAGACGGAGAAACAGUCCACGGGUGUGUACAACCGGGAGGCCAUGCUCAACUUCUGUGAAAAGGAGACCAAGAAACUUAUGCAGAGGGAGAUGUCCAUGGAUGAAAGCAAGCAAGUGGAGACCAAGACAGAUGCCAAGAAUGGAGAGGAAAGGGGCAGAGAUGCCAGCAAAAAAGCCCUGGGCCCCAGACGGGACUCAGAUCUGGGGAAGGAGCCAAAGAGGGGUGGUUUAAAGAAAAGCUUCUCUAGAGACAGAGAUGAAGCUGAUGGCAAGAGUGUCGAGAAGCCCAAGGAGGAGAAGAUCAUCCGGGGCAUUGACAAGGGCCGGGUCAGGGCUGCAGUGGAUAAGAAGGAGGCAGGGAAGGAUGGGAGAGGAGAGGAGAGGGCAGUGGCCACCAAGAAGGAAGAGGAGAAGAAAGGGAGUGACAGGAACACAGGCUUGAGCAGGGACAAGGAUAAAAAGAGAGAGGAGAUGAAGGAGGUGGCCAAGAAAGAGGAUGAUGAGAAGGUAAAAGGGGAGCGUAGGAACACAGACACCAGAAAAGAGGGUGAGAAGAUGAAAAGAGCAGGUGGGAACACAGACAUGAAAAAGGAGGAUGAGAAGGUAAAAAGAGGAACUGGGAACACAGACACCAAAAAGGAGGAUGAAAAAGUCAAGAAGAAUGAACCCUUACAUGAAAAGGAAGCCAAGGAAGACAGCAAGACCAAAACACCCGAGAAACAGACGCCCAGUGGCCCCACCAAGCCCUCUGAAGGACCGGCCAAGGCGGAGGAGGAGGCAGCUCCCAGCAUAUUUGAUGAGCCUCUGGAGAGAGUGAAGAACAACGACCCCGAGAUGACUGAGGUGAACGUCAACAACUCAGACUGCAUCACAAAUGAGAUCUUGGUCCGGUUUACUGAGGCUCUGGAGUUCAACACUGUGGUUAAGGUGUUCGCCUUGGCCAACACGCGAGCCGAUGACCACGUGGCCUUUGCCAUUGCCAUCAUGCUCAAGGCCAACAAGACCAUCACCAGCCUCAACCUGGACUCCAACCACAUCACAGGCAAAGGCAUCCUGGCCAUUUUCCGGGCCCUCCUCCAGAACAACACGCUGACCGAGCUCCGCUUCCACAACCAGCGACACAUCUGUGGAGGUAAGACGGAGAUGGAGAUCGCCAAGCUGCUGAAGGAGAAUACUACCCUGCUCAAGCUGGGCUACCAUUUUGAGCUGGCCGGGCCCCGAAUGACCGUCACCAAUCUGCUCAGCCGCAACAUGGACAAGCAGAGACAAAAGCGGCUGCAGGAGCAAAGGCAGGCACAGGAAGCCAAGGGAGAGAAGAAGGAUCUGCUGGAGGUACCCAAGGCUGGGGCCGUGGCUAAGGGCUCCCCAAAACCUUCACCUCAACCAUCUCCAAAGCCCUCUCCAAAGAACUCACCCAAAAAAGGGGGUGCUCCAGCUGCCCCACCUCCCCCUCCCCCUCCCUUGGCUCCACCCCUUAUCAUGGAGAAUCUGAAGAAUUCACUCUCACCAGCUACGCAGAGGAAGAUGGGAGACAAAGUCCUCCCUGCCCAGGAGAAGAACUCCCGUGACCAGCUAUUGGCCGCCAUCCGCUCCAGCAACCUCAAGCAGCUCAAGAAGUUAAGUAGUUGUGGGCAUGAGCCAACAGGGCGGGGCUGGGUAGGGGCUGGAGGAGAGGGCAGGACUGCAAAAGGGAAGGCAUGCAGAGGAGCUCAUGUCGACUGCAGAUGAUAUAGACUCCCAGGGCCUAUAGGGGACUUCAGGUCAUCUCAUGCAUCCUCCUGCCUGCAGGCAGGUCACACCUGUACAUCCCCUAGAGCUGAGACUCCACCCUUCCUUUAAGGAGCUUCCUUUAGCCCCUCACUCCAUGCUUCUCUUUCAUUCUGCAAUGAAGCCUGUUUCUCCUUAAAAUGGAGAAAUGGCCUCUACAGAGUAGUUUUGCCUCGGGUCCUUCCUUUAAGUCUUCUCUUCUCCAUUUCCCCAAACAAAAAUGAUCCAUGUUUUACUUAGCCUCCUCUCAGGACCAGCCGAGUCCUACAGGUCAGUCCAUCCGAAAGGUCUCUGGGAGAUUCACCUCUCAGGAGAGUCUACCUUUGCCUAGCCAGUGCCAUGGACACAGGAGCCAUCCCUGGACACCCUACUUCUCCAAGCCCUGCCUCCCCUGGAAGUCUGGCUGGGUGACAAAGUCCAUGAUCGUUUGUCCAUUUGGUUGGAUACCCAACCCCCACAACAUCAUCUGGGACAAGAUAUCAUGAGAUAAAGGAAAAUCUCAAUUGUAAUUCCAGGGGUCACUCGAUGACAUCCAAUUUUUACAGACAAUGAAAAAUGCUCCCUCAGUGUCAACACCUCAUUCACAUUCCACAGACAUAACAUAUCGCAGUGUCUUGUGUGUCCUUCCAGUAGGGAGGGAGGUGAGGUGGCUGAGCUCCCUUCUCUAACCUGUCUCUACUUUGCCCCUACAGGUGGAAGUGCCCAAACUGCUUCAGUAGGACCAGGCUGCCAGGCACCAUCUGCCAAUGCCAUGACUGCUCAGGCCUCACCUCCCAGGGCUAUGCAGACCCUGCCCACCCCGUCCCUGGCUGACCUGCUGUGGAUGUCCCUAUUCUGCCAUGGGAGAGUCAAGGCCUGGGUCAUGCUCAAGGAAGGAUGCCUUAUCUCUUCUCACUUUCCUUUUCUUGUCUCUGAGGCUCUCCAAAUUUUGCUUUAAUACCUGGAGCUCAGGUUUCCAGACAAGAAGAGUCCUUUUAGCACAUCGCUGAGAAGAUGGCACUGUCCAGGGCCCAUGUAGCUGGCAAGCUGCAAAAGGCCUGUGAUCCAGGAAAGAUGUCCCACAGGGACCACAUCCACCCCAGCCCCACUGCCCUCCAGGGCCAGGAUUCAGGCCUCUGAGGAGCCUAUGGGGCAAAGCUGCUGGGCCAGUGGCACUCUGUGUGGGAAAAUGGCAGAAAGAUGGAGAGGCAUGGGGGCCCAAUGGGGAGCGUGGGGAGGGGCUGAGGAUACCCCAAAGUCCAGGCUAAUCAGAGGACGUGGCAGGGGCAGUGGCCUGGAUGCACAGUGCCUGAUGGGAGUAGGCUUCAGACAGGAGGAGUGGGACAGACAGCAGCUGGACUUGAAGGUUUGAUGCCAAAGUAGACAUUUUCCUCACAUCCACCUGCUGCUGUAUGAAUGGCUGUGUAUCUGUUUUUCCAUAAGAUUUUGAUAAUAUAUACAAACCUUUAGCUGUGAA